AAUAGGUAGCACGAGUGCUCUAGCAACAGGAAACUUAUGCAAGAAAACCCCCGGGCGGACACUGCGGGGGAGCCGAGUCUCUACUGAUCACAUAUCCCGAGGUCGCAUAGCAGCAUAACGAAAAGCAGGAUCCGGAUUUCAAUCCUAUUUUUACAGAACUCUAUCUCAUUCUCGCCAGUCUCGUCUCCAUGGCCACCCCCGCAACGCCAACCUCUCUCCAGGACCGGAUAUACGCCAACGCCCAAAGAGACGACAUAGACAUUACCGCCCUUCCAUUUCACGAAGAAGCACUAGACUACAUCGCCGCACUCUCCCCCAACGCAAGCACCACGCCCGCAUUCGAUUUCACCAACGCCUCGCGCAUAGACACGCACACCCAUCCCGUCCCACCGUGGUUCCGCGUUCUCGAACCGCUGGGCGGAGGCCGCGAAACGCCAUCAUGGAAUGCGAGCGCGCAUCUGCAGUUCAUGAGUGAGCAUCAGAUAGUCCAUUCGGUCCUGACUGUCUCGACUCCGCAGGCCAACGCGUUCAACACCGAACUCGACCUUGCCUUGAGGAAAAAGAAGACCGUUGCGCUUGCACGGCUGCUUAAUGAGUUUUCCGCUGAGCUGUGUAGGCUAUAUCCCACGCGGUUUAGCUGGUUGGCUAUUACCCCGCUGCCGUAUGUUGAUGAGGCGGUUAGAGAGGUGCGGUAUGCGCUGGAGUUGGGAGCCAUUGGCGUAGGGAUCUUGGCGAACCACGAAGGUUUAUAUCCUGGCGAGGGAUCCUUCGAUCCAUUGUGGAAGAGUCUGCAAGAGAGAGCAGAAAGAAGUCAUGAUGGGAGAGAGGUGGUGUUUGUGCAUCCUACUGAGCCGGUGAUUAGGUUGGAAGAGGGGCGGCUGGUCAAUUCGAAGCCAUCACCUCUACGCUCUGGUCUCGGUGAAUUCUAUUUUGAGACUGCUCGCGCUUUAUCAAGUAUUACGGCUAACCGCACCAUCAUCAAGUUUCCUAAUCUGCACUGGCGUGUGUCUCACGGCGCAGGCGCUUUUCCUGACAUAUCGGAGCGCUUCCUUUUGGGAUUUACAGAUGUUCAGGAAGAAGCGAGGAAGGUAUACCGCGAACGGUUCUGGUAUGAUAGUGCUGGACCUGUAUGGCCGAAGCAGGUGAAGGGGUUGACGGAGGGUAUGGGUGUUCCCGUGAGCCAAUUCGUAUUUGGGACAGACUAUCCAUACGGCAUAGGAUUCUGGGACGUGGACGUUAACAUCGCAGGACUUGCAGAUGCGGAGCUACUUUCAUCAGAGGAGAAGGAGCAGGUCUUUUGGCGGAACGCGAGGGGCUUAUGGGGAGGAAAGAUACCAGAUGUUUGAUCGUAUAGUCGGAUCUUACUUGGUCUGCCUUU